AUGAACGUAACUUUCUAUACCUCUGAGUUCACCUCCCAGGUUUCCCAAAUCCCGAUUUUAACAAUACCCGGAACUAUCUGGGCAUACUAUCUUGAAUACCUGUGGUUUUAUGAACCAGACUCAUGGGUGGCCACAAUCGCGUAUUCGUGCCGUGUGCUUGCCGUUCUCAUCAGUUUGCCAGUUAUCAUUCUCGGACUUUUGGACAUCGCGUCAUAUGGAAUAGCCAGGACUCUUGGAGUAGUCGAUGACGUGAAAGCUUCGACGAGCGACAAAGCCACAGUUCACCUACAGACACCUUCUAUCAUGCUCAAUGGUGCCAUCAGCCCGGCCUCAGAUUCCGCCUUCAGUGACUCCGACUCAGGUGUGGACCACAACCUUCACAACAAAAUGCGUAGUCCCUUGUCGGACUCGAUCUCGGAAGCGAACGAUGGUCUCUCUUCGCAACCCCCAGCGGUAUUCUAUGCAGGAGAAAGCAGUCUCAAGUUGUCAGGGGUGGGCGUGUUCUCGCCAGCAGCAUCAUUACCCCCUUCACCAACGCUCAGUCGUCGCGACCUCACCGAUCUUGGCUCCGAAUCUCUUCGCCACCGGAAACAACACGCUGUCCAGAUGGAAGAUGUACCAGAAGACGGUAGCAAGGAUUAG